AUGCCGUACUACUAUCCCCGCGAAGUAGCCAUGGAUUCAUCAAAUCACUUUACUCUUCAACGCCGCGACUCCUCCGAUUUCACAGAUGAUACACCAACAUACUCGUCCUCAAUGGGUCAUUUGAUAUUCGCCUUCUUCAUCCUUCUACUACUGGCCUCGCUAUGCUCAAUAGCCUUGUUCUUCCUGCGACGAAGACGUUUGGCGAAAAAGCAAGCAGUGUUGCCAACAUUCCACCAAUCCUCGCACCACCGCUCGCCAUCCAUCAGCAACUUCUCUGGUCUUGACAAGAACGAGUCCAUAUUUGUUUAUGACGAAAAGAUGAACCUUAUCCACAACUCGUCAAGUCCACCUUCGUCAGCUGUGCCUGAAAUCCAUAUCACGUUCCCCGACGAAGCUGGUGACUCUGGCAAGAUCCAGAAGGGUCGCGUUGUGGUGGUUCAUAUCACGGAAUCUGGGAGUGUCGGCAUGGAACCACUGAACCAGGACAAGCUUCCUCUGUAUACACAGGAGGAUGCCAACCGCUUCCAAUCUCUCGACCUUGAGAGAAUAGGUGGACUGAAAGAAAAGGAUCCUUCUGCCCAGAAUUGGUCAUGA